UUAAAUGGGCAGAGAAGAAAAAAAGCUAAGACCGCCCUCAGUCCUCCCCCUCCUCCUCCUCUCAAUUUUGCUUUCUCUCGUCCAUCCAGAAAUCUUACAUUUUAGGGUUUACAACUUCUUUUCCUUUUCCUUUUUGCAGUGGCUGCUUUUAGUUAUAGCGUAGUGCUUGUUCUUGUUCUUACACCCUGUGCUUGUUACAGGAUAAAUCAUGAAAUUUCCACUUAUCAAACAAAACCCACUCCCAUUCUUCACGUUCAUCUGCAUUUCAUAUUUCACUUUCUUGUGAUGUUUCCCACUCCAAGAUUUUAUCUUUGUCUCUUUUCCUUUCUGGGUUUUCUUCAAGAGAAGGAAAUACUUGUUCUUGCAUGAAAAAGAUUUGAUCUUUUGUUCGCAAUUUCUUGUAAAUCCCAACUCCAAGAUUGUUUCUAUUUGUGUUUAAAAAAUCCAAAAUUUUUUUGGAUGCCAAAAUCUGUUGAACCUGAAGAUGGAUCUGAAUCUAAUACAGAUGCAUUCAAGAUCCAUACUUUUUACCUUUUUUGGCCAUAUCUAGCACCCAUUUAUCGUUCCACCAAUUUGAUUGCUUCCAUGAAGCGGCCAGUUAGACCCUUGAUCAGCAUCCUGAUGCUUGUUGCAUUGGCUGCAACCUUAAGCUGCCGGAUUGCCAUCCGCCGCCGCGGCGUCUUUACUGUUUCAACUGAGUUGGCGUCCACCAGGGUCAUAAUCCAACCCCCGCCAAUGCAAAUUUUUAACUCUUCUUUGCUCAAGUUUGCAGCCACUGAUAUAGGUGAAGAAAAAUCCAAGCAUGAGAUAGAGCAGCUGCUGGAAGGGAACUUUGCUAGUCAAGGAAGGUACAGGACUUUUGCAACUUGGAACAGGUUCAAUCGUCAUGAUAUCAAAGCCAGAAACUCUAAUGGAUUAUCGGUAAUGCUCAGGUCCCCGAAAUUUUAUCGGUAUUGGUUAGAUUUUAGGAGGAACUUACAGGAUUGGGCAAGAAAAAAGAUGUUUCAACCCGAAAUUAUGAUGGAUUUAGUUAGAUUAGUGAAGGUUCCUAUUGAUAACCACAAUGGUUUAAUCAGUUCAGAUAAAGCGUAUAAAUCUUGUGCGGUUGUGGGGAAUAGUGGGAUAUUGUUAAGUAGUGAUCAUGGGGCGUUGAUUGAUGGUCAUGAGGUCGUGAUUAGAUUAAACAAUGCUAGGACUGAGAGGUUUGAAAAGAAUGUGGGAUCAAAAACGAGUAUUUCGUUUGUAAAUAGCAAUAUACUGCAUCUUUGUGCUAGGAGGGAAGGCUGUUUUUGUCACCCUUAUGGAGGAAAUGUUCCUAUGGUUAUGUAUAUUUGUCAACCGGUUCAUUUCAUGGACUAUUUGGUGUGCAAUUCAUCUCACAAGGCGCCUUUGUUGAUUACAGAUCCGCGUUUUGAUAUGUUGUGUGCUAGGAUUGUGAAGUAUUAUUCAGUGAAACGAUUUGUGCAGGAGACAGGGAAGCCAUUGGGUGAAUGGGGAUCUACUCAUGAUGGUUCUAUGUUUCAUUAUUCCUCUGGAAUGCAAGCUGUUAUGCUAGCUUUGGGAAUUUGUGACAAAGUUAGUAUAUUUGGCUUUGGGAAAUCAACUUCUGCUAAGCAUCACUAUCAUACUAACCAGAAAGCUGAGCUCCGAUUACAUGACUAUGAGGCUGAAUAUGCAUUCUAUCACGAUUUGGUGAACAAUCCACAAGCAAUACCGUUCAUUUCAGACAAGUUCAGGUUCCCUCCUGUGGUAAUCUAUCAAUGAUUUUGGUUGAUUGAAUCUUUUGCAUUUUGGUCAAGGUUAAAUUGUUGUAUUCAUGUUGUAUCAGUAGUUUUCCACUAAGCUAGUCUGCAAGGAAACAAAACAAAAAAAAAAAAAUGCUAGUCUGAAAGGAAACACAAUUGCUGAAGUCUUUUUCAUAUUCUGGCCCUGUCCUAUCAAAGGUAGUUUAGGGUAACACAAAGUAUAAAAUUGGAAACUAUGUGAAUUAAGAUUUGGAUUAUUCAUUUGCUUUUGUUGAAACAGAUUCUCCUUGAUGCAGUUUUCCUUUCUUCUGUUAAA